GAAGCUGCUGAAAUCAUAAUGCAGACAGCUCUUCAGCCCAUGAGCUGAAUUUUCUUCCAUGAAAUGGUUUAGCAUUAUUUUUUAAGUAUCAUUCACCUCAAAUGAAAUUUCCUCUGACAUGGAAGCUUGAUGGAACAACCCUACUUUUAUUUUCUUGAGUUUUACCGUGAGGGCUCGUCUUCCCAAAGAGAGCAGUCCUGUUCCGAUAACCAGUGAGGAAAGUGACUUCAUCUGCUUCCUCUGUGUUUGGUUUUUUGACAAGUAAGCACAGGAAACCCUGUAGAAGUGGCAAGGCAGAAGGAAGAACCACUCCAACCCAAAGGAGCUAAUCAGUCUGGAGCACACAGAGUUGCUGUAGAAACCUAGGGAUGUAGAAAGUGGAGCAGAGAUGCUAGCUGAGAUGAAGCGUUUGCAUGAAAAGAUGCUCACUGUAUUGGUGGUUAAACAUACAUCAGAAUGGAUAUCGUGGUGAUAUAAUUGCGUGCGCCAUGGAAGCCAAAUGUGGAAUUAAUUUUGUUCUGAAGAACUGGAGUGCCUGUGCCCUGCUCACUGUCACAGUGAUGAUGGCAACAAUUGGAUCAUUCCCAGCAAGAGGGUCCAUUCAAAAUAAGUCUGUACAGCAUCAUGCCAACAGUUCAGUCACAGCAAUGAUGGUGAACAAUAUGAAACCUCAGCUGGCAGAAGGCAAAUCGAAAAGGGAUGCAGUGGUUGGCACUGAAGUUGUACUGAACUGUCCCCAUCAGAGACCUAUGAUAAUGGUAUCUUGGAAUGCCAACUUAAAGAAUGGAACAGUUUGCUAUUUAUCAUACAUCAGUGAUAGAAAUAAAACGGAGGGAAACUGCAGUGACAACAGCAUGUAUUGGUUAUCUAAACCAGAGAAGGACUCCACCCUUCAGAUAAAGUCAGCACAAAUAUCCAGUGAAGGAAUAUAUAAAUGUUCUACAGCAACUGCUGGUGGAACAUUCAGCCAUGAACAUAAUCUAACCAUAUUAGUACCUCCUGAGGCGUCCCUGAUUCAUGAUGACAUCAGUGGAACUGCCAUUUGCAAGGCAGUUGCAGGGAAACCAGCUGCACAGAUCUCAUGGUCCCCAGAAGGAGAGUAUAACACCAAGAGUGAAUAUUUGCUUAAUGGCACACAGACCGUCACCAGUAUAUACAAGGUCAACAACUCUGAGGGGAGCGAAGUAACUUGCUUUGUCUCCCAUCCUGCAUGGAAGGAGUCCCUCAAUAUCUCAUUAGAUGGACAAAGUAAAAAAAAGGAAGAUGUAACAAUCACCAUUCUAUUUUCCAGCUUUGCUGGUGUCUUGGGAAUUCUGCUUUCAGUUUUCAUCUACCUCCUCUAUAGAAGAAAAAGAGAAGUUGAUGCAUCCAAAAGUCCUGAAACAAUGUCAAGACCAAGCAUCCAGGAGAGUGAGUUGGAGCCAUAUGCCAUUUUCGUACAAGUGGAAAAUGUGAUCUAUGAGAAAGCAGGUGACUUCCCACAGAGUGAAUGACACUUCCCACCAGAGCUCUUUCCCUCAACAUGAAACGGUGUCUGACUUGAACUGUGUAAGAGAAAAAUACAUUGGGGGUGUCAUUAACACCUUACAGUGACCGUCCCAUGGACAUGGGUACAUUUUGGCUUUCUGUAUCCUUCCCACAAACCCAACGUCCCUGUUGUCUCUCUCUGCCAAUGCCCCAUACAGUCACUUGUCAAAAAAAAACCAGAGUCAAUUAUCUGUUUGUAAAAGAGGCUGAGCAAUUAUGCACCUUUUCUCCAGGCUCUGUGGAAUUCUUCCAAGAACGCUGCUGGCCUUAAAUAUUCUGCUCUGAAUCAUAACGAAUCUUCUUUUUCUCACAUUGACUGCAUUUUUCCAGUCUAAGCAUUCAGAAAGCUGUUUCGAAAACUAUGAAAAGAGGUGAUUCUAAUUAAUUGUCACCAGCUUUCUGCCUAAUCCAAGCAGACCAUUCACUUUAAUAUGGGGCAUUUAGUACAGGUU